AUGUUAUUUGCCCGUGGAAAUCCAUACGACGCUGAAUCGUUAAGUUCCAGUAGUGGAAAUAACGCUGCGGUAAGUUGAAUUUUAAUCUCUUUUUGCUGAAAAUCUUGUCGGUUUUUUAAAUUACUGUAACAUUUUUUCAGAAAAUCACAUUUAUUGCGAUUGCCGUGUAUCUGGUGGUCUCAUGCAUUCUGAUCUUUUUCUACUACCCGAUCUCAUUUAUUGCCCUUCUCAUUCCCGCCAUUCUAUUUUUCGUUGCCACGCUGGCCAAUAAAAUGGAGAGUAAUGAGGAUUUAAUGUUCUGCACGAUAAUUGCGGUGAGUUGAAAAACGAUUUUUUCGUACUUUUAUUGUGUCAGAAUUUAUCUUGCACUUUUUAAAAUUUUGUGUGGCCUCUACAACAUACGUAUUGUAUAAAUUGUUGGAAAAAUUUACAGAAAAAUGGAGCUUCUGGUAUUUGGGUUUUGAAAAAUGAAGUUUUUGAAAAAAAUUGGAUUCAAGGAGGGCCAUCCGAUUAGCUUCAAAUUUUGCAGAAAGUGCCUACCAAGGUCACAAUUUAUCUCCUGAAAAUCUUACAAUUAGUUUGCGCAUUGAACGCUGAAAUAUUCCUCCAACAUUGUGAUAAAGGAACAUGUGUUAUUUAUCAAAAUCUCUAAUUCGGUCUUUGGUGAUUUCCUCCUUAAGAAAUAAUCUUUAAAAUCCCCUCUCUAAACUUGUCUCUUUCAAUUGAUUGUUUUCCCUGGCUGAUGUUCCAUUCCCAGAAACGACGUCAUCAAAUCUCCUCAUGACCCCUUGUCACUCUUAAUCAUCAAAAAAAGUGUUUUAGACUUUUUGUGGAUCUUGCCGGAAUCUCAUAAAAAUGAUAAAAACCGACAUAAAAGUGUUGCGACUAGGGGAUAACACGGCGGGAAAAGCGAUUUAGGAGAUGAAUGAUCUCUCAAACAACAAAUCUUUUUAGACACUUGAACCCGGAGGGUUUUUUUGAAUUUUGAUUUUUUUAAAUUCAAAAUGAAAUAUAAAAGUUAUUUUGAGGAAACUUGAAAAAUUUUUAUAGAAUUUUAUAAUAGCCAGACAUCUGAAAUUUUUAUGUUGCGCUUUGCAGAAAUCAUUGGGGUUUUUUAAGGUGAAAAAUAUUCUUUUUUGAUAUUUUUUUCGCAUUUUCUGGUAAAAAAUCGUGACAUAAAAAAAUUAAUUUUGAUCUUUUCAGGUAAUCAACGCUUUGGUCAAGCUCUCUGCAAUUGUGAUUUACAUUACGGCAUUCGGCUUGGACGAUGAGAGCUCAAAGCCGAAGAAAUUGAAAAUCCGGCAGCGAAAUGAGGAGCCUGACUAUCACAAAAUCUUCUUUUAUGUUCUGAUUGGGAUUGAACUUUCAAUAGUAUUGUUAAUCGUAUUCAUCCGGUGUAAUCUAAGAAUGUGCAGAAGUGGUUGA